AUGGGAGGUCCCGCCUUCGAUCUCCUCGCCAACCCGCUGGGAGCGGUGCGCGUCCUCUUCGAUCGCGAGGUCCACCGGCUCCGCAGCGCCGCACAGAGCGGCGGACAAGGCGGCGGGUAUGGCGGAGGCGCGGAGGAGGCGAUGAAGCGGCAGCUGGCGCAAGGAGACUGGGGAGUUCGCUCGCUCGUCGACGAGUUCCUGUUCCGCGAUGGGAAUAUCGAUAAGGUGCCGGAGAUUAACUCAGUGGGUGUGGAUCACGUGCCGGUGGGCUCUCUUGUCAGAUUUCGAGGCAUGGUACAGGACAUGUGGGGCACGGAGUUUUAUCAGGGCCUCUACAAACGAAGCAGACAGCCCCCAUCCGCUUCCCCCUCAGGCUCCUCCGCCUCCCCCUCUCCCCCCUGGCGCACCACCAAGUACACUGAUGGGGACUGCGCAGGGGGGAUUGGGGGAGAUGGGGCGGAGGGGUUGGGGGAGGGGGGCAUGGAAGGGGCGGCAGAUUUCGGUAGUAUCUGGGAGAGGCGGCUGCUGUACUGUGUGCCGUGCAUGGACGUGGACGGCAGGACUACAGCAGGUGCAUCGGCGGAAACCAAGAGACAGGCCACCACUGCAGCUACCAGCACCACAGGCGCGGCCAACCCCAGCACCAGCAGCAACACCACGGCACAGCCCGGCAGCACUGCUGCUGCUGGCGACCGCCCUCCGUUGGUGGAUCUGCACUUCCCUCUCGGCCCCUCUGCCUCUGCCUCCCACGGCCGCCCACUGCUGCCCUGCAUUGUGAAGCUGUACGACAGCGCAGAGGCACAGGUCAAGCUGAAUCAGGUGGUGGAGUUCGUGGGGGUGGUGGCACCCCCAUCCGCGCCCACUGUGCAUACUGCCAACACAGCAGUGGCGCACACAGCAGCACACGACACAGCCACAGCCACAACCGCAGGCGCAGGUGCAGCGACAACCGCAGGCGCAGGCACAGCGAUGGAGGUGGAGAUGAUGGGAGGCGACAUGGGCAUGGGAGCGUGCCCGUCUGCCUGUCUGCCCAGCAGCCAGGUGCUGCGCCUGCACUGCCUCACCUGGAGGAAGCUUCCUGACCUCUUCCAACUGGCCACAGAGCCAACUGUAGCAGCAGCAGCGAGCAUCAGGGCGGCGCUGCUGUCCCGACUGGCGGCUGCUCUGGACGGCGACAGGCUGGCAGCAGAGUAUUUUCUGCUGCAACUGCUGUCGCGGGUACACACGCGCAUAGAGCCCAUGCCUCUGGGAAAACUCUCCCUCAACCUCUCCGGCUUCCCAGAACCUUCCUCUGCCCCCAAUCCUUCUCACCCCCCUCCUCCUCUCUCCUCUUCCCCUCCCUCACUCUCCCAAGCCGCCUCGCCCUCCCUCUCCGCCCUCACCUCCUCUCUCCAAACCCUCCUCCCAGCCACCCACACUCUCCCACUCUCCCUUGACACUCUUAACUCGCGUCGCCUCACACCCCACAAAGACUAUACCUCUGACAGGCUAGUCUCUGGUGUAUUACAGUUACCAGCAGGGACGCACCUGACUAUUGACGAGACUUCUUUAAAACCGGGAAGGGUGACGGCGCUAGGGAGUCAGAACCUGCAGGCUCUUAAAGAGCUAAUGGAGUGGCAAAAAGUGGACUACGAUUUUCAGUACUAUAAGAUGGACAUGCAGAGUGAUAUACCUGUGCUGAUUCUGUCGCACGCCACGUCACGCCUACUGCCUGCUGACGUCAGCUUGCCGGUUCGGUGCACGGCGCCACCUCAGCCUGUCCGUGAGGACGAGCCGGAGGUUGCCAUGUGGCGGCGGUACAUUGGCUGCUGCCGGCUGCUGGAGCAUGAGAUUAAGGAAGACAUGCGGGAGCAAGUGGAGCGGGAGCUAGUGGCAGCGCGGCAGCAGGACCCCUCUCUCGACUCCGAUACUUUUCACAGGUGGCUCACAUUGGCUCGCCUGGCAGCAGCAAGCUUCGGAGAGAGGGAGCUUUCGAGGGAGAGGUGGCAGGCAGUGAGGGACUUGGAGCGCACUAGAGAGGCUCGUAACCGCGUGGUGUAG